AUGCAUCUCAACUUCCUCUUCGUCGCUGCUGCUUUAGUGCAGUCAAGUUUACAAGCUCCGCCGCCACCAAAUCAAAAACCGGAUGCUUGUGCUAAAGCAAUUUCGUCUGGACCACCAAAACCCCCACGAGGGACUGCUCGAACUGAUGUAGCCAAGGCGGAUUGCUCGUCGUUCUUGAGCCAGAUUGUUGUUCCUUGCGCUGUGACUUUGACGACUGUCCUAACCUCAACGAAGACUGCAAAAGGCUCUACGAGGACAAGCACACAGUCGACCACUGUAACGGCUACGGCGGUUGUUACUAAAGUCGCAACUGUGGAUCGAUCAGUCGUUUCGACCAACCAGCAAACGCAAUUAACCACUCUUAUUGUGCCGCAGAAUAGCACGGCUUUUGCAACGGAAAUUGCAACGACUACGUCUACGGUGUUUGAGACGGUGCUGCUCACCAACACUUACUCGACUGCAGUUGUCACCUCUACUGUUGGUACUCCAUCACUCCAGAGGCGUGACACUUCUAUCUCCGUACUUCCAGACCGCCCGCAUCAUACGACACUUCCGUCCAAUGCCACGCUCAACGCACGACAGAACAAUGGCAAGUGCAACCCAUCGAUCUUCACCCCCGACAAUGUUCCAGAUUACGCUUCACCAUGCCGAGAUUUGAAGUCGUACUCCAUAGCCUGCCAGAAACUCGGUGUUACCGGCAAGACGAUGACACUUCCAGCAUCUAUCAGCUACACCACCAGAACGACUACAACAACGACCACGCCAACAAUCGUCGUCAACAUCACGAAGACGUUUCAAGCCACAACGACGAAAGCUGUAACAAGCCCAGUGACACGACUCCAUACGGCUGUCGAAAACACAACCACUACUCAAACGAUAACAACAACAUCCACCUCAACCCUCACAUCCACCGUAACCUCCUAUAUCACGUCCAACACCACCCGCACAUCUACCCUCACCACCUCCAUCAUCGCCACUUCAACCGCCCUCAUCACCCCCACUCCCACCCCGUCACCAUCAUCAUGUACUUCAGACUUCCGCCUCUCCGUAACCGGCACCCCCGCCACCAUAGGCACGUACAUCCGCACCUUCGGCGCCUCGGAAAAACUCGGCUUCACCCCCAACGCCACGCUCUCCAGCACUUUCUCCCUCGACUCCGCCUCCCGCCUCUUCGAGCCCAGCACGUCCCUCUACGCAAACACGGAUUCCGACGGGCUGUACUACGUGUACGCGGAGGCAGCGGGGACGGUGGAGAGUGCUGGGUAUUUGUAUAUUACGUGUGAGUGCCGGCAGCAAAGCUUGAACGCGAAAAGAAGCUGA